UGCUGCUGAAGUUAAGCUUUGCAAAAAAUUAGGUCUGAUCUGUUUUUGAGCACUAGAGUUAGGAAAAUGGAGAGAAGAUAUUUGUUUGCUUAAUUCCACAUGACAACUCCAGGGUAACUGAAUAGACUGUACGGUUGGUUUGACAAGGCUAUGCACUGAGCCAGCAGCCUCACAUACCACGCAGGGGGCUGAAAGGGGGAGUCUGACAAUUGUAAUGAAUUUUAUCAGAAUUCCUCUGAAGGCUGACUAUUCUGUCUUCAAUUAUUAAUGUUUUCAGAGGUUUCCCUUCUGAGAGUUUCAAUUCAAGGAUUCCAAAGCGCUUCAUAGAACGUAAUGGACUGCAUCUGCUAACGCACAUGAGAUCAUGGCAGAAGAGGGCUCAAAAUAUGGAAAGGAUUUUCUGUACUUAUAAAACUGAUGGCUGACUAGUUUAUGGAUUGCUGCUUCUCUUGCCUGUUUGACUGGCCCACAUGGUACAGCCAGAGUUUUGGCUGAUUGGCAGCCAUGCAUCAUCUUUUUGGGCUGGUUUUGGGACAAAAGGAUCUUUCGCGUGCAGGGGACCUGUUUUCCUUGGAUGAUGCUGAGAUAGAAGGAAGUCUAUCAGAAGCUCUUGAACAAAUAAGAAGAAUUAGUUCAUCUUCAGACUACCAAACUAAUGACAAUGAUCAGGCUGUGGUAGAAAUCUGUAUCACCCGAAUCACUACUGCCAUCAGAGAGACAGAGUCUAUAGAAAAACAUGGGAAGGCACUUGUGGCUCUCUGGGAAUCAUGCUUAGAGCAUAAACUUAAACCUUCAGGAAAAGAUGAGGAUACACCACAUGCAAAAAUUGCAUCUGAUAUCAUGAGUUGCAUCUUGCAGAAUUAUAAUCGACCUCCAAUAAUGGCUUUAGCUGUCCCAGUGGCAGUAAGAUUUCUCCAGAGGGGUAACAAGGAACUGUGUAGGAAUAUGUCAAGUUAUCUGUCCUUGGCUGCAAUUAGCAACGUUGAUCUGCUGGUUGAUCACACCGACGCAAUUGUGAAAAGUGUCCUUCAAGGAAACUCCAUGUUGCUGCGUGUGUUGCCCUCUCUCUAUGAAAAGCAACCACAGUCAAUUAAUAGCCAUCUAAAGGAGCUGGUGGCACUGAUGUCUCAGCUGGAGCAAGCAGAACAGCACCACCUUCUAAGAGUAUUUCAGGUAGUGGCGAGGAGAAAACAACCUGAGGUGUUAAAAGAGUGCAUUCCAUUUCUAAUUAGCCACUUAAGAGACCCUCAUCAUAAUGAUAUUAUCCUAAAUAUACUUAUAGAAAUAUCAGACUAUGAACCAGUAGCCUUGGCCAGUUCUCUUCCAAUGCUGAAAGAGAUUGGUGAGAGUUUUCCAAGUCUGAUUGGACAGAUGGCAAAGAUCUUUGGAGCUGUUGGGCAUCUUGAUGAGGAAAAAGCCAGGAUCUGUCUGGUCUAUUUGGUUAAUCAACUAGCCAACAUGGAACAUUCAUCUCACCAUAUCCUUCUGCUGGAAAUUAAGAGUAUCACCGACACCUUCUCAAAUAUCCUAAGCACCCAGAGCAGAGAUAUCUACCGUAUGAGCAACAGUUUCACUGCCAUAGCCAAGCUUCUCAUCCGACAGCUAGAAAAUGACAACAGAUCAGGAACCAGGAUAGAAAAUUAUGCUGAUACAGAAUCUUCUGUUCAACUGGAUGAUUUAAAACCUGUUAUGAAUGGAAAUGAAGAGAAUGAAAAGCUUCAAGUUAAAAUACAGGCUUUUGAAGAAAAAAUAAGUAUCGACAAUAAUACUCCUGGCUCUGUGCGCAGAUACAGUGUUGGCCAGUUUUCUAAAGAAGAAAGGAAGGAAAUGCGAUUUAAUAGGUCCAAAAGUCUAGCUUUGCAUGCUAUCCGCACAAAGGUGACAAAUUCUGACAGUGGACAAGAUAUAGAGAAUGGAGACAUGACAUCUGGCAUCUCAUUCACUGAAAUCUAUCUGAACCAAGAAAAUGACAAGUCACCUUUUAGUAUAGACACUGAAGAAGCACAGACAGACAAUUCUUUCAUUUUGCAUCCAAAUAUCAAAUACCCAGAAUCAGAAAAUUUACCAGAAUCUCUUAAAGAAACUAGCCAUGAAAGAAGUACAGAGACGGUAAAAAAUUCUGAGGAAUACCAGGAUAAGCUCUAUAUGCAUUUAAAGGAAAAUCUUAGUAAAGUGAAGGCAUAUCUUGUGGAGAUUGGGAAGAAAAUUCCUAUCCCAGAUCAAUGUGUUAUUGAAGAUACUGUUAGAAGUUGUGUAGCAAAGUUGUUCUUCAGCUGCCCCCUGAAGGGUCAUUACUGCCUAUACAGUAAAUCCAGUUUUACCCUCAUCAGCCGACAGCCUCAGCUAUGGAUCCAUAUCAUGUUUCUCUUUCAGCAGGAUGAAGUCAUGUUGAAAGUGGAUUCGUUUUGGUUGUGGAAAUAUUCCUUCAGAUGGAAGCGUCAGAAAAAUUCUUGUAGUUCUCCACAUUGGAGUGUCUUAUUUGGGUAUUUUUCUGGACAGAAAUUAAGGCCUUUGGAGAGGACAGGUUUUUCAACCUUGAGCUUGUUUCCAGAGCCUUUGUCCAUACAGAGUAACCCUGUGCAAGUUCUUAAAGCCCUGUGGGAAAAAACACAGCUGAAAGGUACACACAGUUUUGAAAAUACAAUGAUUCAGUCUACAUUUCCACACCAAAAGGAUCUGGACCAUGUACGGAUGCAUCUGGAAGAAGUGAGGUUCUUUGAUUUAUUUGGCUACAGUGAGGAAACAGGAUCUUGGCAGUGUUUCAUGUGCAAUAAUCCUGAAAAAGCAACAGUUGUAAAUCAAGAUGGCCAGCCUCUAAUUGAAGGCAAAUUGAAGGAGAAGCAAGUCCGAUGGAAGUUUAUCAAGAGGUGGAAAACUCGGUAUUUCACUCUUGCUGGCAACCAGCUUCUCUUUCGCAAAGGCAAAUCUAAAGAUGAUCCAGAUGACUGCCCUAUUGAACUCAGCAAGGUACAGAGUGUAAAGGUGGUGGCCAAAAAGCGCAGGGAUCGCAGCCUUCCUCGAGCCUUUGAAAUCUUCACUGACAAUAAGACAUAUGUUUUCAAGGCCAAAGAUGAGAAAAAUGCUGAAGAGUGGCUUCAGUGCAUCAAUGUAGCUGUUGCACAAGCUAAAGAAAGGGAAAGCAGAGAGGCAACAACCUAUCUGUAAGACUGUUGGUGUGUCUAAUGCUGAACUUUCAUGCCGGCAUUUGAAAAGCAAAAAUUCUCCAUCCUGUUUAAUACAGAACUGAACAAAGUAUUAAGAACAAGCCUAGGUCCCAGUCCUGCAGCCCUUACUCAUAGGAGUAGUCUCUGGUAUCAGUGGUGUUGACGGUUCUGGGAGCACUUACUGCAAAGGCUGCAGAAUCGGGCCCCUGUGCAAUUACUGUUGGCAACAAAUGGCUCAGAGCAACCCAUGAGAAUCCAAAUCUUGAGAAGUGAACAUCUUUCCAAAGGCAAGUGAUAUCAGUUGGCAAGAAAGGUUCCUCUGGACAUGGAUGGAAAUGAUACAACUACUUGCACAUUUGUCAGCAUAUGAAGAACUACACACACACACACACACUAGAAGUAGCUGGGUAACAUCUUUCCUCAUGUGCACAUUUACAUUUUUCCUCCCUCUGUUUCAAAUGCAGCCAAUUUAGAAUAUUAACCUCUGCUCAAAGUAAAGCAGUUAUGUAAUAAAAUUUAGUGUUCAAAGCUCUUUCUGACUUUAUCUUUUCAAAGUGAUCCAACACAGACUAAAAUAUCGAUGUGAAUGUAGUGUUAUUGUUAGUGUAUUUCAUUUUAUCCUUUUGUCAAAAUGGAUAAACAACUUUCAAAUCUAUUCCAGACAAUAACAUUUGCAAACUAUCCACUAUUUUUAUGUGCUGUCGUUUGUAUGAUCAAAAACCAACCACGGCUACAUUUUGCUGCCUUUUCUCUCUCUUUCUUCAUUUUUCAUAAAAUCUCUACAUGUAAAAUAAUAUCUUUUUUUCUGGCUGCACUAUCCACCUCCAUGAAAGUUAACCAUCUCUUUUAUUAUUUGAGUCUGUCAAAAAAUGUCAAGGUCAAAGCUGUUCCCUUGUUGGCAAUUUAAAGGUUGUUUUUAAAAUUCCUGCCCUAUAUAUUUUUGAAAUGUUUGAAUUAAAAAAAAAAUUCUCUUCCCCUACAUUUUUCCCAUGUUGCCACUCAAUGCAAGCAAGUGAUGGAUGUUUUUCCAUUUAAAAAACAUCAUUUUUCUUUUUUCACUUUUCAAAACGUCUCCAAAUUUGGAAAGUUUACAGAAUUGCAUGUUUCCUUUUACCACCCUAGAAUUUUUUCCCAAGGUUGGAGGAGGGUAGAAAUGAUUCAGAACAACAAAAGGAAAAAGGAACCAUAGCCAAGUAAAAUGCGUUUGGUAAAGGUCAUGCAUUCUGUUGUUUUCAGUGGGGAAAAAGGGUACGGAGGAGUGUAAAGAAAUUAACAACGUUCAUUGUGACUAACAGCUAGAAAGUCAUGAAUGAUUUUUUCAAUAUACAUUUCUUUCAUAAAAGUUUUAAUUUCCAAAAAGACCAUUUUUCUCAAGAAAAUACAUUAAUAUGACAAAUUUGAAUUGUUAUUUUUCUUCAAGAUGGAGGUAUAAAGUCUCCAUAGUAGAGAUGUUAAUGUUUUCCUGCUAAUAUGUGUACUUAACCAAACUAGAAAGUAAAUAAUGUGGAAAAUAAAUUUAGAUUGAAAUACACUGAGCAAUAUUUACCCAUGUCGCAUUUUCAUUAACAACAGUAGAGUUGCACAAGGUAUGGCUUGCUGGGUUAAUGUUACUUUCCAAAGGCACUGACAUAGGACAAACAGAAAUAUUUUCUUUGCAGUGGAUUCAGCAGGUGUUGGCGAUGGAUAACCCAGACUCUUUCCACAAUAUGCCAUGGAGUGUGUCAUCCCUAGGAAGUCCAACCAGACAGUGUUGUGAGAAGGGCAUGGGAGAAAGUUUUGCUAAGUCAGCUUUAUUUCACUUGCUCUGAUUGUCACAGAUGGUAUCAGCUUUGCUUGCAGCUGUAAACUGGCACAGAGUAUACUGUUUCAUGCAAAGUAAUAGCCUCUGACAAGGUAGGCUGUUGCUUACAACAGCUCAUGUCUCUCUGGACCAGUUUUGUAAACUUAUCUGCAUCUGUUACCCCUGUGUAUAAUGCUUUUAAAAGAGACUCUGGUAUGGGCAAAAGCUUGAAAAUACCACAUAAAUCUGAAUGUAUAGCCUGAUCUAUUACAGAGAUACUGAGGACCCUCAGCUCUUGGCUUCAGUGAGAGUGGCGUAGGAGGUCAGAAGCUCUAAAAAUCAAGCUCUGACUAGUUCAAACUGUUAUUUUGUCUGGAUUUAAGUCCUUUGACAUCUUGGAUGAAAUGAGCUUUGGUAGCUGUUGGAGUGAAGUUAAAAGUCUGAGUUAGGAACACCAACUACUUUAUCUGUCUGCCUGAAUUUUCUGUGCAGGCCAAAAUGAAUUUUUUCCCAUCCCAUCAUCAUUGCAGCAAUGAGUUCAAGCAUAAGAAGGCAGAGUGUAUCCAAGCAAAGGAUGUAACAGAUUCAGGAGGGAUCCAACCCAAAGAGUGUAUUUUAUUUUUCUUAACAUGAACUUUCUUUUUUGUUGUUGUUGCUGGUUUUCUGAAUGUUGCUGCCAUUGAGUGUGUUUAAUCAGUUUCUGGGCUAGAUUUUCAAAGUAGCCUCUAUAUGUGUCCUGCAAAAUUUGCCUACAUUUACAUAUGCACAAAUCUGCAUAUAACAUACUUUUGUAGAUGGGUGUCCACUCAAAAGCACAAGUUCCUAUUUGUGCUUGCAUAUUUAUGGAGCAAUAUAUGGGGCUCCUCAUUUACAAUUUCCUUUUGCUAUUAGCAUGACUGCCAAGCAGUCCAUGCUUGUACAGUGAGUGAAUUCGUCGUGUACUAAAUGCUGCUGUCUGCCUUGGAAUCCUCUCAACACCCCAGAGCCCUGCAAUUUGUUUCCCAGUGGAUGUAAUGCUACAAUGUGACAAUGGGUUUGUGUUCAAAUUAAGUCUAAAAAAAAACAGGGGGAUUACUUUUCCAUAAUCCAGGAAUGUAACAAGUGCUCUUACUGGGUUAAAGUGAAGGUCCAUCUAGCCCAGCAUCCUGCCUCUGACAGGAACUGGAACUGGCUGCUUCAGAAAACGGGAUAAGAUCUCUCGUGGCAUACAGAUGUUUGGGACUCUCUCACACCCUUGGUUUUAUCUGGUUGCUUAUACUUAAAUGUUAACUGAAGUCGUAAAGCAUAAGGAUUAAUAUCCUUUCCAUGCCUGUUGUCAUUGCUAACUGUGCUACAAUAGGUUCCGUGGUGCUGUCUCACUCUUCACUACAGCUGCCCUAUACAGAGCUAUCUGAACUGACUCAUUUAAUAAAUCCUGUCUGAAUUCA